CAUAAAAUUCCUAAAAUCUUGGGAGAUUCUGCUAGGGAAAAAAUUUCUUAUGGUGGUAAAUAUUGCAACUUAAUUUGUGUAUAAAGCGCGAAUUAAGUCAGUUAUACUUUUAUAAAUGUUAUUUCUAACAAUUCACGUAAACUCGAUCAAAUACAGACAUGGCUGCAUCCUCAGACGUUGCUACGAUCAAACUACAAAGAUACAUAAAUAUGCCAUUGGUACAAAGAUGCAAGGAAAUAGCAACGCUGAUAGAUGAAUCAAGCACAACAGAAUUGCAACAUGUAUUUUCCAUAUUAGUAGACUCGCUGUUUGGAAUAACUGACAACAUUGGUUGGGGACUACAUAGCAUCACUUUUAAAAAAAAUCCACAGGAGCAUGAAACGCUUUAUAACUUUCUUAAUCCACAAGGACCAGUUUUUUCUUUAUGUUAUAAGUUAUUGCCAGAUUGUUACUUGAAAUAUAACUUCCCAGUUUCAUUUUUACCUGUAAAGAUACGUUCGAUGUUAGAGGAAGGAGUAAUACCCCCAUUUUAUCUAGACAAAAUUAGAGAUGACCAGGGCACACGUGGUGUAUCUGCUUUAAAUAUGAAUCCCUUUGAAUAUUAUAUCUUCCACUUUGCAUAUCAUUUGACAAAUCCCUGGCUGCAGGUGCAGCAACAGGAGAAUAUUUGGAUCAAUUGGGAAACUGUUUACGUUCAAUUAGCACACUGUUAUUUAUACCAUUUUCUACCUAAAGAUAAUUCUCCAGUUCUGCCAAUAAUUAGUCCAUACAUUAGGAAAACACCUCAACGGAAAUUAGUACAAUCACCCGAAUCUAAAAGAAAUUAUUACAGAAUGCAAACACCGCGACUUUUGAGAACGUCGAUAUUAUCACCAGGAUCUCCGAAUUCUACAACGAGCGUACCACAGCAACAAUGUUUACCGCAAGUUUGGAGAAGUGAAACCGUAGUGCAAGUAUUUCUCGACUUUUGGGUAGAAUACAUAGAAGAUGAUCAAUUAAAUCCACGAAUAAGCACAUCAUAUUCUGCGUCCGUUCCACGUCGACACAGCAUCCAUUCCGGAGAGCAUAUACGUUUAGUGCGAGCAUUUAUAAAAACUUUGCACGAAUUUGCAAAUAGCACGAUAGGCGACAAAAGUGCGAUGGAUGAACUUAAACGAAUUAUUUUGCCUUCUGUUCAAGGUAAAAUCUACACAUUCCUUCGGAAAGCCAUACAUCAUUGGCCAUUAGAUAGUUCCUUUAGAUUGAUUCUUGAAGCUUGGUUAAGUUUUAUUCAACCAUGGAGAUAUUUCCCUAGUAUAACGUAUACUAAGGAAGGUAAAGCAGAAGAGGAAGAGAGAGGAAAGAUACAUGAUGCAUAUAGAUGGAUGCCUUUCAUAGCACAUAAUCUACUAGCCUACACAGCUAUAUUUCAACAAUUACUUCCACGAUUUAUGAGAACAGAUCUUGUAGCUCCAAAGAAUGCGUUAAUGUUAUUCAGAGUUACAAAAGUUUUUUCGCAACCGUUUUUAGCAAAAAUAAUAUGCGAAAUAGAAAGUCACAUGGAUGAUGUUGGAUUAAGAAGUCGAGUAUCUACAAAUCAAUGGACUUCAACUGUACGACAACAAAUUUUAGAGCUUGAAGGACCGACAUACCAAUACGUUCUAAUGUUUUCUAUGGCUACUAUUUCACAGGUCGUAUGUCUAUUAGGCACAAUUAAACAAGCACAUUUAACAGCAACUAGUUUAAUCGAUGCAUUGGAAAAGAAGAGAAAAAACAGACCAUUUCUGUUAGCGCUAUGGGAAUUUUUUAAUGGCGAAGACUAUUCUUCGGAUGAUAUUGGUAUAGAAGAAAGGCGUCGUGUUCCUGUUUAUCUAGCGAAUGCACAGCAACAGUUAAUUGAGAUUUUCGAGAUUAAAGUAGAAGACAUUCCUCAGGUAGCUAUUGAAGCUGACCAAGAAUACCACGAGAGUAUUCUAUCGACAUCCUUCUGUCACCAAUCACAAAUGGACUCUAGUUUAGAUACAAGCAAACCAGGUGUUUUUGUACCUAAUCAGAAAGAUAGACAGACAUGUCAAUAUAUCGAAUACAUGGGAGAUCCGGAAUUGCAACCAGUUCGAAGUAACGAAUGCGCGUUACUUGUUAGAAAUUUAUAUAAACUCUGUACAUACAUAAAUGUGAAGUACCGACAUAAGAUAACUAAGAUGUACCAUCGACGUGGUUUCUUCGGCAGCAUUUGUCGACAGAUAUUACAAUCACCAACGAAAGUCGUGAAACUACCAAAAAGAACACAAACUGGGUUGUCCAGCGGAUACGAGGAACGCAUUCCGCCUCGACUUAGUUUACGUCCGUUAGCUAAUUAUAGUCUACUCGUAAUCAUAAGUCUUGGAGUAUUUAUUGCCUGGUUUACAAAUUAUGGAGUCUUCACGGUCCUUGGGUUCGCCUUUGCUCUAUGGUUCGUAUACAUAAUAAUACGAGCAACGUUGGAACCAUGGACACGAUCAAACAGAAACACAUUCAGGGCUAAUACUACGGCAUUUUCUAUGAACUAAUCAAUCAUAAAAUUAUUUUAUUGUAUACAAAUUAACUUGCAUCACUGUAUAAUAUUUCAUAAUUUCAAAUAUCUAUUUAUAUAAGGAUAUAUAAUGUUUAAAAUUUUGAUAAUUUAAAGACAAUUUAAAGAAUUUGACAUACAUGAUUUUUUAAA